AGCAGUGUUUCGAGAACACCUCAUUUUCUAUUCAGAAAAACAAAGUGGAAGAUAUUUAGAUCUCAUUAUUAUUUAAUCUAUAUAUUUUUUGGGUGUCUUAAGCUCUGUAAAAUUUGCGUUUUGCUUGGAAAUAUUUUUGGUUUGUACUUUUGGAGGAGAAAUGUGGAGCGAAGUGCUGUAUUUCUGGUUUCUAAAACCGAUUGGAGAGAUUUGAUGGAAUUAUAAGAGUUGAUGCUUUACUUUUGGACAUUUGAUGGAGCUUAUAAUCCGGUUUGGUUCAAGCAACUUAACCAGACUUGAUUUUAAGCUUCGAUUUGUUGCUGUUUUAUUGGAGAUUUUAUUGUUAUUGUUAUGGUCUGAAGCUGCUACCGCUAACCUCCGGGAGCGUGAUGAUCUGCAAUGGGAAGGCCAAGAAAGAGGAAGAAGUGAAAACAUUGUUUUGCAUUCAUGUAUUCAUGACCAGAUGGUUGAACAGAGAAGGCGAACGGGUCAUAAGGUUUAUUCGGUUACUCCUCAAGUUUAUAAGCACUCAGGCAUCUCAAAUCAUGUGCAUCACAAAGGAAGGUCAUUGCUUGGGAUUCCCGAGUUGCUUGGUCAUCCAAAGGAUGCUAAACAACCUCUAAGAAUAUUUUUAAAUUACGAUGCUGUGCCACUCACAGGAUAG